AUGGAUCCUGCUUCGUAUGUCCAAGCUCUUAUUGCAGGAAUCCUAGCUUUGCUAAGUGCAUACAAUGUGUUUAGGUUCAUUAGAUCUCCUAAUGGUUCUAAACAAAGAAAGGGCAAAGUACCCGAACCUUGUGGUGCUUUACCUUUCAUAGGUCACCUCCAUCUUCUCAAUGCUAGAGUACCCUAUUUCAGGACCUUUUCAGCCAUGGCUGAGAAAUAUGGUCCAAUUUUCUCUGUCAAACUGGGUUGUCACCCCACCAUAGUGGUGAACAGCAGGGAAAUUGCCAAGGAGUGCCUCACAACCAAUGACAAAGUUUUUGCCUCAAGGCCAAACACUUCUGCAGGGAGACUCUUAGGUUACAACAAUGCAAUAUUUGGCCUUUCCCCUUAUGGAGAUUAUUGGCGUGAGAUUAGGAAAAUGGCCGUUCUUGAGAUUUUCUCAAGCUACAGGCUUGAGAAAUUAAAGCAUGUGAGAGACACUGAAACAUUGUCUCUUGUCAAGGACUUGUACUCGACAAUAUCAUCUGCAAAGAACCUGAAGGGUUCAACUGAAGUGGCUAUUAGCAAUCUAUUGGAGCACAUGACAUUCAACAUAAUUGUGAGGAUGAUAGCUGGGAAGAGAUUUGGAGGGGACGCAGUUGAUGCAGAAGACAAUGACGCAUGGAAGCUGAGGAAAGCCAUAAAAGAUGCCACAUAUUUGUUUGGUGUUUUUGUGGUGGCUGAUGCAAUUCCAUCCCUUGGUUGGUUUGAUUUCCAAGGGCACGUGAGUUUCAUGAAAAGAACAGCAAAGCAAACUGAUCUCAUCCUUGAGAAGUGGCUGGAAGAACAUGUAAGAAAGAGAGUGAGAGACGGAGACAGUGAAAGGGACUUCAUGGAUGUCAUGAUAUCAAGUUUUGAAGGGCAAGAUGAGAUUUGUGGCUAUAAGAGGGAGACUGUCAUCAAAGCAACUGCAAUGAUGCUUAUCCUUACUGGUUCAGGAAGCACAGCGAUGACCCUAACAUGGGCACUGUCGUUGCUCCUAAACCACACAAAGGUUCUAAAGGCAGCACAACAAGAAUUGGACACCCAGGUGGGAAAAGAAAGAUGGGUGCAAGAAUGUGACAUAAAAAACCUCACUUAUCUCCAUGCCAUUAUCAAAGAGACCCUUCGUUUGUACCCACCAGCACCCUUAACAGGAAUUAGGGAGGUGAUGGAAGAUUGUUGUUUAGUAGGGUACCAUGUCCCAAAGGGAACACGGUUGCUUAUUAACUUAUGGAACUUGCAAAGGGACCCACAAGUAUGGGCCAACCCUAAUGAGUUUCAGCCAGAGAGGUUCCUCACCACGCAUGGAGACAUUGAUUUUAUGAGCAAGGACUUUGAGUUAAUUCCAUUUAGCAUUGGAAGAAGGUCGUGCCCUGGCAUGGCCUUUGGGCUACAAGUGACGCACUUGACCUUGGCUAGGUUGCUUCAAGGGUUUGAUAUGAGCACAAAAGAUGGUGUUGAGGUUGAUAUGACUGAAGGGUUAGGAGUGGCCUUGCCUAAGGAACAUGCACUUCGAGUUAUGCUCCAUCCACGUCUUCCAUUGGAGCUUUAUGAAAACCUUUGA